AUGGAGGCUACACCCGAAGUACGCCAGCAGGUUCCCCGCGAACUCCCUACCAUGUUUCGCCCACCCAUCAACCGCGCAAUGCGCACCCUCGACCGGACCUUCUUCCGCAAAACCGUACCGAUCGCCGCAGCCAAGAUCUUCAAUAAUUCUGAGAUCACUAAAGUGCGCAAAGAGCUGGGAAACAGUUCUGACUUGCUAGCUUUGCCUAGAUUGAGUGGAAUUCGCGAGAUUGCAGAUCAAGAUGGACCCCGGAAAGCACUGUUGCUGCGUCACGACUUGAAAGCUGAUGAUAAGACAACGUGGUCGCCUACGAUCAAUGCGCUCGUUGAGAAAGGAACUGUUUCUGUAGCGCCUUAUGAUCUUGUAUUGGAUUACGACUAUUGGGGAUAUGCUGAAAUCGCCUCCUCAAUCUUGCCAGAGGAUAUCGAUGAGGUUCCCCAAGGGUUUACCCAAGUGGGGCACGUUUUGCAUUUAAACCUCCGAGACAAGUGGCUACCGUACAAAUAUAUCAUAGCCGAGAUUCUCAAAGACAAAAACCCUCCUAUUCGAACAGUCAUUAACAAGACCGAAGAUCCAAUUCCGCACAUUUCCUUCGAACUGCUCGCAGGCGAGAACGACUUGAACGUUGUUCAACACGAGCAGGAUUGCGAGUUUCACUUCGACUAUGCGCGCGUUUAUUGGAACAGUCGCCUGGAGACGGAGCAUCGCCGACUUGUGCAAAAGUUCCAGCCAGGCCAGAUGGUCUGCGAUGUGAUGGCCGGUGUAGGACCGUUUGCUGUACCCGCAGGCCGGAAGCGCAUCUUCGUCUGGGCUAAUGAUCUGAACCCACACGGGUAUGAGGUGAUGCAGGAUGCGAUCAAGCGUAACAAAGUCCAAGACUUUGUCACCCCAUUUAACAAGGAUGGCCGGGAGUUCAUCCGCUUUACAGCGCAGUCUCUCUUGGAAGCUGAUCCUUUGACUGUCACCAUCAAGCCCAAGCAGCGCAGAAGUGAAAAGCAAAAGACAGAUGGUCCCCCACCGAAAGUGUAUAACCGUCCGUCUAUUGUCGACCAUUACGUGAUGAACCUGCCUGCUACUGCUAUUGAAUUCCUUGAUGCUUUCCGUGGCCUCUACACCGGCAAAGAAGCUCUCUUUGCACCUCAAACCUCUCAACUCCUACCCAUGAUCCAUGUCUACUGCUUCUCAGGCCACUCUGAGAACGAAGUGGAUGAUCAUGCGGAUAUCUGUGAGCGAGUAUCUGAGCGCAUUGGUUAUACUAUUACUCCGGAAGACCGUGUUGGUGGCAGUGGUGAUGCUGCUAUUGAAUUGGCAAUCCACAAUGUCCGUCUUGUCAGCCCUAAUAAGCAGAUGUUCUGCGCUAGUUUCCGUCUACCACCCGACGUCGCGUUCCGCAAGGAGUAA